GCGGUUCCGGAGUGGGCGCCGGCAGGAUGGCGGCGGACACGCAGGUUUCCGAGACACUAAAGCGUUUUGCCGUGAAGGUAACUACAGCUAGUGUGAAGGAGCGGAGAGAGAUUCUCAGUGAGCUGGGGAGAUGCAUUGCUGGAAAAGAUCUGCCAGAGGGAGCAGUAAAGGGGCUCUGCAAGUUAUUCUGCCUGACUCUGCAUCGGUACAGAGAUGCAGCCUCUCGCAGAGCUCUGCAGGCGGCCAUCCAGCAGCUGGCUGAGGCCCAGCCAGAGGCCACCGCUAAGAACCUCCUGAACUCUCUUCAGUCCUCGGGUGUCGGCUCCAAAGCAGGUGUUCCAAGCAAGAGCAGCGGCUCGGCCGCCCUGCUGGCUCUGACCUGGACCUGCCUGCUGGUCCGCGUUGUCUUUCCCCUGAAAGCCAAGCGGCGAGGAGACACCUGGAGCAAGCUGGUGGAGGUGCAGUGUCUGCUGCUGCUGGAGGUGCUGGGGGGCUCCCACAAGCACGCUGUGGAUGGCGCGAUGAAGAAGCUCACUAAACUGUGGAAGGAGAACCCUGGGCUGGUGGAGCAGUACUUUUCAGCCAUCCUUAGCUUAGAACCCAACCAGAACUACGCUGGCAUGCUGGGGCUGCUGGUGCAGUUCUGCACGGAUCACAAAGAGACGGACGUGGUCAGUCAGCAUAAGAGCGCCCUGCUGGAUUUCUACGUGAAGAACAUUCUCAUGUGCAAAGUGAAGCCUCCGAAGUAUUUGUUGGACAACUGUGCCCCCUUGCUCCGGUUCAUGUCCCACUCGGAGUUUAAGGAUCUGAUUCUGCCCACCAUUCAAAAGUCCUUGCUGAGGAGCCCGGAGAAUGUUAUUGAAACCAUCUCCAGUCUGCUGGCAUCAGUGACACUUGAUCUCAGCCAGUAUGCCCUGGACAUCGUGAAAGGCUUGGCUAAUCAGCUGAAAUCCAACAGCCCCCGCCUGAUGGAUGAGGCUGUGCUGGCCGUGCGAAACCUGGCCCGCCAGUGCAGCGACUCCUCCGCCAUUGAGGCCCUGGCCAGGCACCUGUUCGCAAUCCUUGGAGGCUCAGAAGGCAAGCUAACGGUUGUAGCCCAGAAGAUGAGCGUCCUUUCAGGGAUUGGAAGCCUCAGUCAUCACGUGGUAUCUGGGCCUUCCAGUCAAGUCCUGAAUGGGUCGGUGGCUGAGCUGUUCAUCCCGUUCCUCCAGCAGGAAGUGCACGAAGGGACCUUGGUACACGCUGUCUCUGUCCUGGUGCUCUGGUGCAACCGCUUCACUACAGAAGUGCCCAAGAAGCUGACUGACUGGUUCAAGAAAGUUUUCAGCCUGAAAACCUCCACCUCCGCGGUGAGGCACGCCUACCUGCAGUGCAUGCUGGCCUCCUUCCGAGGUGACACACUCCUGCAGGCUUUGGACUUUCUGCCCUUGCUUAUGCAGACAGUAGAGAAGGCGGCCUCCCAGAACACUCAGGUUCCCACGGUCACUGAAGGGGUUGCUGCAGCCUUGCUGCUCUCCAAGCUUUCUGUGGCUGACUCACAGGCCGAAGCCAAACUGAACAACUUUUGGCAGCUGGUUGUGGAUGAAAAGAAGCAGAUUUUCACUUCUGAGAAGUUUCUGCUCCUGGCUUCAGAGGAUGGCCUGUGUACUGUGCUGCAUCUGACCGAGAGGCUUUUCCUUGACCACCCGAAUAGACUCACUAACACCAAAGUUCAGCAGUACUAUCGGGUCCUGGUGGCGGUGCUCCUGAGCCGGACCUGGCAUGUGCGCAGGCAGGCACAGCAGACCGUCCGGAAGCUGCUCUCCUCUCUCGGGGGCAUUAAGCUGGCCAAUGGCCUUUUGGAGGAGCUGAAGACUGUCCUCAGUUCUCACAAGGUGCUGCCCAUGGAGGCUCUUGUGACAGAUGCUGGGGAGGUGACUGAAAUGGGCAAGACCUAUGUGCCUCCACGGGUCCUGCAGGAAGCUCUGUGUGUCAUCUCUGGGGUGCCAGGGCUCAAGGGUGACAUCUCGAGCACUGAGCAGCUGGCCCAGGAGAUGCUGAUCAUCUCUCAUCACCCGUCCUUAGUGGCGAUGCAGUCUGCACUCUGGCCAGCGCUUCUCACCAGGAUGAAGAUUGACCCUGAAGCCUUCAUCACCAGGCACCUGGAUCAGAUCAUCCCCAGAAUCACUACCCAGAGUCCCCUGAACCAGUCUUCCAUGAACGCCAUGGCCUCCCUUUCCAUCCUGUCCCCUGACCGAGUCCUCCCUCAGCUCAUCAGCACUAUCACCACCACUGUGCAGAAUCCUGCACUGUGCCUCGUGACUCGGGAGGAGUUUGCCAUCAUGCAGACCCCUGCUGGAGAGCUGUUUGAUAAAUCCAUCAUCCAGAGUGCCCAGCAGGACAGCAUCAAAAAGGCCAACAUGAAGCGAGAGAACAAAGCCUACUCCUUUAAGGAGCAGAUGAUUGAGCUGGAGCUGAAGGAGGAGAUAAAGAGGAAGAAAGGUAUCAAAGAGGAGGUGCAGCUGACCAGCAAGCAGAAGGAGAUGCUGCAGGCCCAGAUGGACAAGGAGGCGCAGAUUCGGAGGCGGAUGCAGGAGCUGGAUGGGGAGCUAGAGGCGGCACUUGGACUGCUAGACGCCAUCGUGACCAGGAACCCGCGUGGCCUGACCCAGUACAUCCCUGUUCUGGUUGACGCCUUCCUGCCCUUGCUGAAAUCUCCCCUGGCUGCUCCCAGGGUCAAAGGCCCCUUCCUGUCCUUGGCUGCCUGUGUCAUGCCCCCUAGACUCAAGGCCUUGGGCACCUUGGUGAGUCAUGUGACGCUGCGCCUGCUGAAGCCAGAGUGUUCUCUGGAUAAGUCCUGGUGCCAAGAAGAGCUCGCUGUGGCUGUGAGGAGGGCAGUGUCGCUGCUGCACACCCACACCAUCGCCAACAGGGUGGGCAAGGGUGAGCCAGAUGCUGCACCCCUGUCCGCACCGGCCUUCUCCUUGGUCUUCCCGAUGUUAAAGAUGGUGCUCACUGAGAUGCCCUACCACAGUGAGGAGGAGGAGGAGCAGAUGGCCCAGAUCCUUCAGAUCCUCACUAUCCACGCGCAGCUGAGGGCUUCCCCUGACACCCCACCCGAGCGAGUGGACGAGAAUGGUCCAGAGUUGCUGCCUCGAGUGGCCAUGCUGCGCCUGCUGACGUGGGUGAUCGGGACAGGCUCUCCUCGCCUACAGGUUCUAGCCUCAGACACCCUGACCACCCUGUGUGCCAGCAGCAGUGGCGAGGACGGCUGUGCCUUCGCGGAGCAGGAGGAGGUGGACGUGCUGCUCUCUGCCUUGCAGUCCCCGUGUACCAGCGUGCGGGAGACCGCGCUCCGGGGGCUGAUGGAGCUCCAGCUGGUAUUGCCAGCACCUGACACUGAUGAAAAGAACGGCCUGAACCUGCUGCGAAGACUCUGGGUCGUUAAGUUUGACAAGGAUGAUGAGAUCCGGAAGCUGGCUGAGAGGCUCUGGUCAACCAUGGGCCUCGAUCUACAAUCAGAUCUCUGUUCUUUGCUGAUCGAUGAUGUGAUCUACCAUGAGGCAGCCGUGAGGCAGGCUGGGGCUGAAGCCCUUUCCCAGGCGGUGGCACGGUACCAGCGGCAGGCGGCAGAAGUCAUGGGCAGGCUCAUGGAGAUCUACCAGGAGAAGCUCUAUCGGCCGCCCCCAGUGCUGGAUGCUUUGGGGCGAGUGAUUUCAGAGUCCCCCCCAGACCAGUGGGAAGCCAGGUGUGGUCUAGCCUUGGCCCUGAACAAGCUCUCGCAGUAUUUGGAUAGCUCUCAGGUGAAACCGCUCUUUCAGUUUUUUGUCCCUGAUGCCCUCAAUGACCGAAACCCAGAUGUCCGGAAGUGCAUGUUAGAUGCAGCGCUCGCAACACUCAAUGCCCAUGGGAAGGAGAAUGUCAACUCCCUGCUGCCAGUGUUUGAGGAGUUCUUGAAGGAUGCACCCAAUGAUGCCAGCUAUGACGCCGUGCGGCAGAGUGUGGUGGUCCUGAUGGGUUCUUUGGCCAAGCACCUGGACAAGAGUGACCCCAAAGUAAAACCCAUUGUUGCCAAGCUCAUUGCUGCCCUCUCUACACCUUCUCAGCAGGUCCAGGAGUCUGUUGCCAGCUGCUUGCCACCUCUGGUACCUGCCGUCAAGGAGGAUGCUGGGGGCAUGAUUCAGCGGCUCAUGCAGCAGCUGCUGGAAUCGGACAAGUAUGCAGAACGUAAAGGGGCUGCCUACGGGCUGGCGGGCCUGGUAAAAGGCCUGGGCAUCCUCUCCCUGAAGCAGCAGGAAAUGAUGGCUGCGCUGACCGAUGCCAUCCAGGACAAGAAGAAUUUCCGAAGGCGAGAGGGAGCGCUGUUUGCCUUCGAGAUGCUCUGCACCAUGCUGGGGAAGCUCUUUGAGCCCUAUGUGGUCCACGUGCUGCCCCACCUGCUGCUGUGCUUCGGGGAUGGGAACCAGUACGUACGCGAGGCUGCAGAUGAUUGUGCCAAGGCUGUGAUGAGCAACUUGAGUGCUCAUGGCGUGAAGUUGGUGCUCCCGUCCUUGUUAGCUGCCUUGGAGGAGGAGUCCUGGCGAACUAAAGCUGGGUCAGUAGAGCUACUUGGGGCAAUGGCGUACUGUGCUCCUAAGCAGCUGUCAUCCUGCCUACCCAACAUUGUGCCCAAGCUCACAGAGGUGCUGACGGACUCCCACGUCAAAGUGCAGAAGGCGGGACAGCAGGCACUCAGGCAGAUUGGCUCUGUCAUCAGGAACCCGGAGAUCCUGGCCAUUGCCCCGGUCCUGCUGGAUGCCCUGACGGACCCAUCAAGGAAGACCCAGAAAUGCCUGCAGACCCUGCUGGACACCAAGUUUGUUCACUUCAUUGAUGCCCCGUCCCUGGCGCUCAUCAUGCCUAUUGUCCAGAGAGCCUUCCAGGACCGGUCCACAGACACACGGAAGAUGGCGGCGCAGAUUAUUGGCAACAUGUACUCCCUGACAGACCAGAAGGACUUGGCUCCCUACCUACCCAGUGUGACACCUGGCCUGAAAGCCUCGCUCUUGGACCCUGUCCCUGAGGUGCGCACGGUAUCUGCAAAGGCUCUUGGGGCCAUGGUGAAGGGCAUGGGGGAGUCGUGUUUUGAGGACUUGCUGCCAUGGCUGAUGGAGACGCUGACCUAUGAGCAGAGCUCUGUGGAUCGCUCAGGCGCUGCCCAAGGGUUGGCUGAGGUAAUGGCUGGCUUAGGAGUAGAGAAGUUGGAGAAAUUGAUGCCAGAAAUUGUGGCUACAGCCAGCAAAGUAGACAUCGCACCCCAUGUCCGAGAUGGCUACAUCAUGAUGUUCAACUACCUGCCCAUCACCUUUGGGGACAAGUUCACCCCUUAUGUGGGACCCAUCAUCCCUUGUAUUCUCAAAGCUCUGGCUGAUGAGAAUGAGUUUGUUCGUGACACCGCCCUACGUGCAGGCCAACGGGUCAUCUCUAUGUAUGCUGAGACAGCCAUUGCCCUGCUACUGCCCCAGCUGGAGCAAGGCCUCUUUGAUGACCUCUGGAGAAUACGGUUCAGCUCUGUUCAGCUCCUUGGGGACCUCCUGUUCCACAUCUCCGGGGUCACUGGGAAGAUGACCACAGAGACGGCCUCUGAGGAUGACAACUUUGGAACUGCUCAGUCAAACAAGGCAAUCAUCACUGCCCUGGGGGUUGAUCGGCGGAACCGGGUCCUGGCGGGGCUCUACAUGGGCCGCUCAGACACUCAACUGGUGGUGAGGCAGGCGUCACUACAUGUGUGGAAGAUUGUCGUUUCCAACACGCCCCGCACGCUGCGUGAGAUCCUGCCCACUCUCUUUGGCCUCCUGCUGGGUUUUCUGGCUAGUACAUGUGCAGAUAAAAGAACGAUCGCAGCGAGGACACUGGGGGACCUGGUCCGGAAGCUCGGGGAGAAAAUCCUCCCUGAGAUCAUCCCCAUCCUCGAGGAAGGCCUGAGGUCUCAGAAGAGUGAUGAGAGGCAGGGCGUGUGCAUCGGGCUGAGUGAGAUCAUGAAGUCUACCAGCCGGGACGCUGUGCUGUACUUCUCUGAGUCCCUCGUGCCCACGGCGAGGAAGGCUUUAUGUGAUCCCCUAGAGGAAGUCCGAGAGGCGGCAGCCAAGACCUUUGAGCAGCUGCACUCCACCAUCGGCCACCAGGCUUUGGAGGACAUUCUCCCAUUUCUACUAAAGCAGCUGGAUGACGAGGAGGUGUCGGAAUUUGCCCUGGACGGUCUGAAGCAGGUUAUGGCUGUUAAGAGCCGUGUGGUGCUGCCCUACCUGGUGCCCAAGCUGACCACGCCACCUGUCAAUACCCGGGUGCUGGCUUUCCUUUCGUCCGUGGCAGGCGAUGCUCUGACCCGUCAUCUUGGCGUGAUCCUCCCGGCAGUCAUGUUGGCCCUGAAGGAGAAGCUUGGGACUCCAGACGAGCAGCUGGAGAUGGCCAACUGUCAGGCUGUGAUCCUCUCAGUGGAGGACGACACCGGGCACCGGAUCAUCAUUGAGGACCUGUUGGAGGCCACUCGCAGCCCUGAGGUGGGCAUGAGGCAGGCUGCCGCAGUCAUCCUCAACAUCUACUGCUCCCGUUCUAAGGCGGACUACACCAGCCACCUUCGAAGCCUGGUCUCUGGCUUGAUCCGCCUCUUCAAUGACUCCAGUCCUGUGGUUCUGGAGGAGAGCUGGGAUGCCCUCAACGCCAUCACCAAGAAGCUGGAUGCUGGUAACCAGCUGGCCCUGAUAGAAGAGCUGCAUAAGGAAAUCCGGUUCAUAGGCAACGAGAGCAAAGGCGAGCACGUGCCGGGCUUCUGCCUUCCCAAGAAGGGAGUAACCUCCAUCCUUCCAGUGCUGCGGGAAGGAGUCCUCACUGGUAGUCCUGAGCAGAAGGAAGAAGCAGCCAAGGCCUUGGGUUUGGUGAUCCGCCUGACAUCAGCUGACGCCCUGAGACCCUCUGUGGUCAGCAUCACUGGCCCCCUGAUUCGAAUCCUUGGGGACCGGUUCAGCUGGAAUGUGAAAGCAGCUCUGUUGGAGACACUCAGCCUCUUGCUGGCCAAGGUUGGAAUUGCGCUGAAGCCCUUCCUGCCCCAACUUCAGACCACCUUUACCAAAGCCCUGCAGGACUCCAACCGGGGCGUGCGCCUGAAGGCUGCCGAUGCUCUAGGGAAACUCAUUUCUAUCCACAUCAAGGUGGACCCCCUUUUCACAGAGCUGCUCAACGGGAUCCGUGUGAUGGAGGACCCAGGUGUGAGAGACACCAUGUUGCAGGCCCUGAGGUUUGUGAUUCAGGGUGCAGGUGCCAAAGUAGACGCUGCCAUCCGGAAAAACAUCGUCUCACUCCUGCUAAGCAUGCUGGGACAUGAUGAGGAUAAUACGCGGAUCUCCUCAGCUGGCUGCCUUGGGGAGCUGUGUGCCUUUUUGACCGAAGAGGAGCUCAACACUGUCCUUCAGCAGUGCUUGCUGGCUGACGUAUCUGGUAUUGACUGGAUGGUUCGGCAUGGCCGGAGCCUGGCGCUCUCUGUGGCUGUGAACGUGGCUCCCAGCAGGCUCUGUGCAGGCAAACACAGCAAUGAGGUUCAGGACAUGAUCCUCAGCAAUGCCGUGGCAGACAGGAUCCCCAUUGCUGUGAGUGGGAUUCGGGGCAUGGGCUUCCUCAUGAAGUACCACAUCGAGACAGGAGGUGGACAGUUGCCGCCCAGACUCUCCAGCCUACUCAUUAAGUGUCUGCAGAACCCUUCCAGUGACAUCAGGCUGGUUGCCGAGAAGAUGAUCUGGUGGGCAAAUAAAGAGCCCCGGCCUCCCCUGGAGCCGCAGGCCAUCAAGCCCAUCCUGAAGGCUCUUCUUGACAACACCAAGGACAAGAACACUGUAGUGAGGGCCUACAGUGACCAGGCCAUCGUGAACCUGCUCAAGAUGAGGCAGGGCGAGGAGCUGUUUCAGUCACUCUCCAAGAUCCUGGACGCGGCCAGCUUGGAGGCCCUGAAUGAGUGUAACCGGAGGUCGCUGAAGAAGCUGGCCAGCCAGGCCGACUCCACGGAGCAGGUGGACGACACCAUCCUGACGUGACAGGCCAGGUCCUCUGCAGAAACUCCGCUCCACAUCUUUGUUCACUGUUUUCAUUUUUGAAAAUACGUUUAUUCCAAGGGGGAGCUCAGGAGAUGGUGUUCCCAGAAAGUAUUUUAGUAUAUCAGCCGAUCAGAGCCAAAGCCUUAAAUCAAACCCACACACAACUGAAAAUUGCCUCCUCCAUCUCUUGCCCUUGUCUUUGGAGAAGAGAAAGAAGAGCAUACGCAUAAACCUCAGUAUGGCAGCUAGGGGGCCCAGCCCGGCCUGGCCAGGAGGCACAAGCCCAGAUCCCUUUCUGUGCUGGAGCUCCCAGGGUCUGCCCAGGGUCUGCCCAGGGUCUGAGUGGGCACAGCUUCAGAGCUCUGCCGGCUGCUGCGUCUGGGCUUUCUCUGCAGCCUGACUGGAUCUGACUUGUCUGGAGAAGGUGAUACUCAUCCACCUCCUCAGUUCUAGGUCUAGGGGUUAUAGGCCAUUCGAAGGAGGAGUGUUUAAUAAAGGCUUUGAUUUCAUCUUGAAAGAAGCGGGCUUUAUGUUGUCAUCCUUUGAGACAAGUUCUCUCUCUGUGUAGUCCAGGCUGGCCUUGAACUCAGAGAUCCACUGGCCUCUGCCUCCCAGUGCUGGGAUCAAAGGUGUGUACCAGGCCAGGCAAGAAUUAGAUUGUUUAUAAUCUCCAAACACCCAUUAGACAUGAAGCUUUCUGCGUCAAGAACAAGGGACGUUUUCUGCUCUUGUUGGAAGUAUGAGCCUCGCUCUGGUUUUCAGCCCUGCCGUCAGAGCCUCAUCCACUGGCUUCUCUGCCCAGGCUCAGCGCACAGCCAGGCCUGAGAUCUCCCGCAGUGUGGGGAAGUCAGGGGCUGAAUGACUACUUCCCAACUCUGUCCUGGUGGGAAGGCGGUGGGGACGGUGGUCCCCUCUGUGGAGCCAUGUUCCUACAGCCCAGGGACGUGCAACAGGGAACCAGAGCUGCAGCUCAGUGUCUGCCUCGUUUAUGAAUGACUUCCUUCCUCCUAAUUCCUAGAAGGUUGUGACACACCCCCUAGUGCAGCAAGCUUCAUGGUCCCAGUGUGAAAUAAACCUUUAUCAAAAUUGCUGGCCAGUGCUGGGCUUGGACCAGUGGUGACUUAGUGCUGUAAUCCCAGCACUUAGGUAGGAGAACUUGGGGUGGGGGUGUCAUUCUCAAUUACAUAGUUAAGGCUAGCCUGGCUCCAUCAGAACAUGUCUUAGAAAAAUAAAGUUAAAAAGGCCAGUGCCUGGCUGGGCAGUGGUGGUGCACACCUGUAAUUCCAGCACUAUGGAGGCAGAGGCAGGUGGAUCACUGAGUUCGAGGUCAGCCUGGUCUGCAGAGUGAGUUCUAGGACAGCCAGGGCCACACAGAAAAACUGUCUCGAAAAACAACAAAAGACCAAUGUCACUAACAGUGUAGCAGAGGUCGAAACUGGGCUUUUGACUUACAGCAAUUUGUGAGAAAAAAUGACCUCUAAGAUGUGUCUGGUAGAAUCCUUUAUUCCUGAGCAUCAUAUGUCUGGGACUUCUUUCACAGCAGACCUGGUGUCAUCUGGCUUGGGGGGUAACUGUAGAAUCCUAGGGCUGGAAGGGACCUUGAGAGGUCAGCCGAGUCAGUCCCCGUAGUCAAGCAGCCAAUGGUUUUGGCUUUUGGUAGCCAUGGCAACUGGGAUUCAGAUGGUCCAGUGUCCUCCCAGCUGCCUAGGGCAUCUGUCAACCAAGCUGUCUGCAUGUGUGCUCACCUCUCCCAGGCAGUGUGGUUAGGUGCUCAGCCCAGAAGCCUCUUCCAGGCAGCGGGCUGUCCUCAGUGUUUCCUCUACCAGCUUGGGUUACAUCCAUCCUAGCUGGGAGGGCAACCUGAUGUGCAGAGGGUGGGGGACAUCCAGUAAGCAGAAUCCGAAGGAAAAACAGCUUCCAGUUCCAGAAACCGGAGGAGGAUGAGCACUGUGUUCAGAAUAGACGUCUGGAGGUUGUCACAGACAUGACUCAGGUCUCUUGGAGCACGCUGAAUUGCAUUCCUCUGGUGUGCUAGGUGGGUGAAAGCCCUCAGGAAGUCCAGUGGCUAAGGACUGUCACAACAGUGGGCAGGCUGGAAGGACUUGUCUGGAGGCACAGCAGCCCUGGAAACAGCCCAGACAAGCCCUGGAGGAAGUGGAGCUUGGCUCCCUAGGAGUAAAAAACUAUUUGUCCCAGUGGCUGGCAGCUGCUUAGUGUCUGACAAAGCAUUGGAGCUCUUCAUACCCAGUUCCUCAUUUGUAGAAUGAGGAAUUUGGAAAUGCUCAAAAUGUUCUCAGCUCCCCUUUAGGUAUUAGUAUAAUUGUACUACUCAACAUUUAUUUGAAGCAUUCUAUAAACUAGGGUCUCUUGUUUGUUUUAAGAUGUGUGUGUUGCCUGUAUGCAUGCCUACACACUAUACACAUUUCUGGUAUCCACAGAGGUCAGAAGAUGACAUCAGGUCCCCUGGACUGGAGUUAUGGAUGGGAGUUAACCGCUAUGUGAGUGCUGAGAAGCAAGCCAGGGUCCUCUGGAAGAGCAGCCAGUGUGAUUAACCCUUAACAGCUAAACCAUCUCUCCAGCCCCUUGCUACUGUUUUCCAGGAGGAAAUUGUGGCACAGUGGCCACAUGCCCAGCAUUAUGUGGCUCAGAAAUGGCAGUGCCGUCCUCUCACCUUGUGGUGGGCUAGGCUUCAGCAUUUUUACUCUUCAAAGCAAUGCUUCCAGAACUUUCCUGUUCUGGCACUCCCAGGAAAUGGGGCAGUGGAAGACCCUGGGUAAAAGUAUGAGCCAGGUCCGGGUGACUGGCCCAGGGCUCCACGCACCCCAGGUUUCUCCUAGCUUCUGGAGCUGCACUCUGACAAAUUCCUCACCUCAUUUGCAGGGUACUGGCUGGGAAAGUCUUUAGAGAGGCAGGGUCCUCAAAUCGGUGACAAAAUGGUGUAACCUUGAUCACUAAGAGGUAAUUGUCUAAACCAAGUGUUCCCAACCUUUGAACUUGGAGCCUGGGAAACUGGUGUCCAGGUCUGUGGAAUGGAUCUUAUGAUAUGACUGAGACACUCCUCAGAUCAGCCUUGCAAGUUAAGUCUUCUCUACAGGGCUCACAAGCCCAGGAAGCAGGGCUUUGCAGAGACUUAGAUUUGGUCUUUGGAGGUAUUUACCUGAUGGAUUUUGAAACAAGGUAGGCAUUUGGAAAUGCUUGUGGGUUUUUUUGUUAUUGUUUUGUUUGUGUGUAUUUGUUUUGGGUUUUUUUUGGGGGGGGGGGUGCUUCAAGACAGGGUUUCUCUGUGUAACUGAACUUGCUGUGUGUGUCCUGGAACUUGUUCGGUAGACCAGGCUGGCCUCAAACUCGGAGAUCUGCCUGUCUUUGCCUCCUAAGUGCUGAGAUUAAAGGCCUGUGCUGCCACCACCGCCA